AUGAAGGUCAUGUCCGGCCACUUGAAGUGGGGGCCGGUGCACACGGAGAAGUUCUGGAGGGAGCAGGCCAGGAAGUUCGAGGCCGACGAGUUCUUCAUCCUCAAGCAGCUUAUCGAGCUCCUCAAGUCGGAGGACAAGAGCGUUGUGUCCAUCGCGUGCUACGACCUGGGGGAGUUCGUGCGCUUCUACCCUAGCGGCAAGACAAUCGUAAAACACCUAGGGAGCCGCAGGUUGUUCUUCGUGCCAAUUCUUCCGCGUAUUUUGCUCAGAACCAAAUGA